CUUUCGCGGCUGUGAUACAGAGAUUACGGUUUUGUAAUUUUGCAUGUUUUUCUUUCGGAAGUAAAAUAGGGAAUAAAUCUGCUUUCUAAAGUUGUGUUUUGGAAUUUGGUUUCAGAUACUUUUAUUUUCUCCCUUUUUUUCCCCGGGUUUAUAUGAAGAGGAUGAGGUAGAACUUUCAAGUGUUUCAAGUUCCAAGCUCCAAGUUCCAAGUUCUAGACCUGAUUUUUCUUUUAAUAGUUUUUUAUUCGAUUUAUUGCAUUUUCUUGUGGUUCCUGUAUUAAUCCCAACUGGGUUUCUGGAAUUUUGGGUUUGGGUUGUGUUGUGUUUCCAGGGUGUUUGAAAAUGGGUGAAGUAGUCGUGAAUAGUGAAGAGGUUAUGGCGGUGGAGGUUGAAGCAGAGAAACGAGACCAUAAUGAUGAGAAGGAUGAAGAAGAAGAAGAAAAUGACGGAUCCAAGGAGGUAGUGAGGUGGGAGAGUUAUCUUCCCAGAAUGGUGUUUAGAGUUCUUUUGGUUGAAGCCGAUGACUCCACGCGUCAGAUUGUGACAGCCCUUCUUCGAAAAUGCGGUUAUAAAGUUUCUGCAGUAACUGAUGGACUAAAAGCAUGGGAGACAUUAAAGGAGAGGGCUCGAAACAUAGAUCUCAUACUUACUGAAAUGGAAUUGCCAUCAAUAUCUGGAUUUGCACUUCUUUCGUUAGUCACGGAGCAUGAAGUUUGCAAAAACAUACCUGUCAUAAUGAUGUCCUCUCAAGAUUCAGUUAGCAUGGUUUUCAAGUGCAUGUUAAAAGGAGCUGCCGACUAUCUAAUCAAGCCUCUUAGGAGGAAUGAACUAAGGAACCUAUGGCAGCAUGUAUGGAGAAAGCGCACUCUUCCUAAGAACACGACAGCUCCUCAACAUGGAGUGGAGCCUGCUUCUGAAAUUAAUACAGCGAGCAAUCAGUCAAGUGAUUAUGUAGUUUCUAUAAAGAACAUUAAGGAAUGCAGUGAGAAAGGGAGUGAUUCCCAAGGCUCUUGUACAAUGCCUCACUUGGAAGCUAAGAGUGAGCACGUCCCAACUAUGCAAGAUAUUUCACAGAUGAGUAGGAGUGCUGCUAAAGUGGACAGAAACAAUGUACAGAGUCAUGAAGAUUGUACUAAGUUGAAUAAAGAAUCAGUUAUCCAUGCAAACAAGACAGGAGAUAAGUCGAACAUUUUUAAACCAGAGGUUGUAUCCUGCAAUGGAGCUUUUCAGCCAACUGUCUUGGGAUUAAAGGAAGAGUACAUUGGCAAUAAAAGAAGGAAGCUAGAUGAAACUUCCCGACCAGAAAAUUGUGAAGUCAAUGCUAAUGCCAAUAUUCAGAGUUGUUGUGACGAACUUCUUAAACCAUCUUGUGGAGCUAUUGACUUGAUCGGUACAUUUGAUGAUCACCCAAGGUGGACUAAUAAAUCCGAUGAUAGGUGCAUAAGCAGCUCUGAGUAUCCUCCGCAGCUGGAACUUUCUUUGAGAGGACUUUUUCUAAGCAGCUCGAAUAGCCAAGGUACUGGUGAAAGACCAAAACUGAACCAUUCUAAUGCCUCUGCAUUUUCAUGGUACGGUAAUAGCAAUACAUUGCGACCCCUUUUUCCCAACGGUCAAACUACCCCAGAGGAUGGUCCAAAGAAAUCUCCUGAGUUAAUUUUCACUCCAUCUUUUCGAAACUCUACUGUUUCUUCUCAACAGCAUGCUGCCACAAGGAGCUACUGUCACUACGAAAUGCCUGCUUCGGUUGCUGGGCAAUCUGGGCAUACUGUGCCGGUAUCCUUCCCCAGUACUCAACUUGGAACGAGUCCAGAUAAUGGUCUAAAUUAUGAAAAUUCUGGAUAUAACCAGUUAUUCCCAUCCUUUUAUACACAAUCAAGUGUAUCCUCUAUGUGGGGUCCCAUUUCGGAAAACCAGCAAGAGAAGUCCCCAUUUGCUGCAAAUACCGCAAGUCAUUCUGAUCCUGAAAUUCAACACUCGGAACAAGGCUACCAACUUUCUGAAGAAGCAACUCAUAAAUCUGCUGAUCAAACCAAGCACGACCAGAAAGAGUUGGAUCUUGUGGAGGAAGUGAAGCCUAGUUCUUUUGCUGCUGAUCAGUGCCAUGGUGGUAGUUUUUGCUAUGGUGUGGGAGAUCAAAUUAAUAGCGAUGACCAUGGGAGCUCUUGUGGUAGAAGCGAUGGAUACACCAAUUCCUCUUCUGGGGCUGAUGAGAAAACCACAGCUUCUCGGGGUCUGAACGACAAUGGACAUUUUGUUUAUGAUAGUUUUAGAGGGAUGGAUUUCCAUCGCAUCAGUCAGAGGGAAGCAGCUUUAAUCAAAUUUCGAAUGAAACGAAAAGAUCGUUGCUUUGAGAAAAAGGUUCGAUAUCAAAGCAGGAAAAGACUGGCAGAACAGAGGCCCCGAGUGAAAGGACAAUUUGUUCGUCAGGGACAAACUGACCCUCCAACGGCUAAUAGUACGUGAAGAUCAUUAGCUGUUGUUUGCUUUGGGAUACAAUAGCCUGUAAUCUCUAAGAAGCAAAGAAUCUUAAGAGUUUUGACGCAGUGCUCUUGUGUUCUCAAAUCUUUCGGUAACUAGGAGUAGGAGUAGGAUGUAGAGUGACGAGAAAUGACUAUCGAAGAUGGUUGUAACCUUGCAAAUUACUUUGGAAUGUCUAGUUAAUUGGUUUGACUUUGAUUUUCGAUGUUUUUUUUUCUUCUAUGGUUUGGCUUGAAAAGGUUGUGUUGUAACUACUUAGUAGCCUGCUUAGAUAACUGAACUUGGAUUUUGUUUGAUUGUAGGAUUACUUGUAUUUAUAGGGCUUCAUAUAAAUACGAGAUACUAGUUAAUGCUU